AACACAAGUUCAAGGAACUCAAGAGGAGAAGAGAAAAAAACGUCGUUUCGUGUAUACAACAAAAAAAAGACGCGUUUUUCGUGUCAGAAAACCAUCAGACUAUCGACAUGGCUGGACAUGAUGAUACUUGUGUAGAACAGAAACGAACAGAACAUAACACCAGAGAACGGAACGGAACUUUAACUUUAACAUACUUUAAGACCUCGUCCAACGGUCGCAAAGAACACGACGCGCAAUUGAUGAGUCUGAACUCGUUCAUUACCUUCUCCAAAUGA